GCCGGUAAGAGAAAUAUCCGAGAGAUUUACGACGAUUUUGUAAAGUUAUUAUGGCUUCUGGCGAUGAGUUACCAGCCAAAGAUCAAAAAGAACAAAGUAAAGAAGAGCUGGAAAAAGCUAAGGAAGGUCAGUCAACAGAUGAUGGUGCUGUAGCUUCAGCUGGACCCGGACCCUACAUUAAGCAUCCCUUACAGAAUAAAUGGUCUCUAUGGUUCUUCAAAAAUGACAAGGCAAAAUCAUGGAAAGAUAAUCUUCGUCUUGUGACUUCUUUUGAUACUGUUGAAGAUUUUUGGGCGAUAUAUAACCAUAUCCAAGCUGCCAGUAGAUUACAGUCUGGAUGUGACUAUUCACUGUUCAAGGAAGGAAUUCAGCCAAUGUGGGAAGAUGACAGAAAUAGACAAGGCGGACGCUGGCUAGUUAACACACAGAAAAAUUUUAGGCAACAAGAACUUGAUAGAUUAUGGGUUGAGACUAUGAUGCUUCUCAUUGGGGAAAUGUUUGGUGAUUUUUCUACAAGUGUAUGUGGAGCAGUAGUUCAAAUCCGUACUAAGGGAGACAAGCUGGCAAUAUGGACAAACAAUGCGGCAGAUAAAGAGGCCAAUCUUAGUAUAGGACGCAAAUUCAAGGAGCGUCUCAAUCUUCCUCCAAAGCUUGUUAUAGGUUACCAGGCACAUGAAGAUACCAUGAGCAAGACAGGAUCUACUACAAAAUCGAUGUUCCAAUUAUGAUCAUAAAAAGAACUACCUUUAGGCAAUAUCAGGGUUCUCCGAUAUUUUAAGAAAACUUUAGGAUUAAUUCUAUUUAAGGCAGCUUGCUGGCUUGAAAGCCACAGUCCUUGCUUCUGCAAGGUGUGCGUUCUGACUGUAGUGUGAAGAGACAAUGCUGCAUACUUUAAUAAGUACAUUUAUUUCAGGUAUAAGAUUUACUGUAGAAAGAAUUGUGGCUUUUUAGUUGACUAAGGAACACUGUUUAGGUAUAAAAAAUGAUUAUUAUGUUGCAGCAUUUGGUCAUUUUCAAAUUACACCUGAAAGGGAAAUGGUAAUAAUCCAAGAAGGUUGGUUGGACACAACACACGCAAACAUUUAAUUAAAAAAAGUUAAAACCUUACAUUUUAUCAGCUGCUUCAGUUGCUACCCAAAGCAAGUUAUCUACAGUAGCGAAACUUGCAGUCUGUAAUAACUUUCUGACAAACAUAGUUACCUUUUCCCAAAUUUAUGCAACUUACUUGAGAGUGACAGGAUUAUCGAGACUUGCCUCUGCAUGUGGCAGUUGUUUCUUCACAUUAUGGUCAGAUACUGCCUAUUGAACUGAGUUGACAAGGACUCUCGGUACGAGACUGAGAGGUUUGAGGUUGAGAAUGGUACAGAUGAAGUAAGAUGAUAACCGAGAUAUCAAACAUAUAUGUUGUCCAAGACAUGCAGCAUGUUGCAGCACACAGUAUUGAUGUGUUGCGUCGAACCCUUACUCAGGGAUAAUUAUGAAGUCCUGGCCUUCAUUCUUUUUUUGGUUCGUUUCCUUAAAGGGGCUAGGUCAGGGUAGUUUAGGUAAUUCUGUUUGUUUUUGUUCCCUAUGAACUCUAAACUUCAAAUUGACAGAGCAGUAGUCUUUAAUUGAUAAAAGCAGUAUAAAUGACAUGUUUACCUCAGCAAAUUGUCACAAACUUGAUUGAACAAAAUUGCGCUGAUGUUUCGCAAGUUUACCCUAAUUCCAACCCAUUUUAAUGAUCUCCAAUUUUGGCCUAUCCAUUCCCCGUUUUUGGCUUUUUUGUGUUACAGUUGUUAUUGUGAUAUUUCAGUUAAUUCUAUGAGCAGUUAGUAAGUGCAGAAAUUGCCUAAAAUCUGGUGAUCUAGCCUCUUUAGUACAUGUCAGUGGUACGUAACUAACAUCAUUGUGGUUUGGUAAUUGUAAGCACUUUCUUUGUGAAUAGGAAAAUGGAUGGACUUGGACAGUCUUGAAUGAACUCUCCAUGAACAGGCCUGUCUGUAUGCCAGGUAGAAACUUGCUUGAAAGUACUGAUGUACUUUUCAGGUACUUCUAAAGUACUACAAAACUGCAUAAUAGGACUGUAUUUGUGGAGAAAUGCACAGAAUUAUGUGAAGUGAUGUAUAGUUCUUGAUGUGAUGUUCUUGUUAUCAUGUGUUUUUAGUCCAAGGAACGGUGUACGGCGUAUCUUACAUUUGUUGCAGAGAAUUAUGAGCAAUUAUUAUCAUUAUUUGGCAUGUGUAAUAAGCUGUGAUUUACUUUCCUUACCUAAUUGAGACUGGUAGAUUAACCUUGAUGACCAGUCGGUUCUAAAUUUCCUUUUUAAACCCAUAAAUCGACACUAAAAUUCUCCUUGCACUUUUAAUAUGCAUUGUUUCUGUCAUCUCAUCUCGUGAUGGUAGCGAGAUUUCGCUUUAGACUAGCCAGAUUUUCGUCUGGUGGUUACUGUAGUUUUGACCUUGUCACCACCUGUACUCUUGAUUUACUAUCGUUCUGUUGGGAGAAAUGUGAUGUCGAUUAAAUUUUGAAACGUAAGGGUUUGGAGUCCAAGUGAACCUAAGUUACUUUUUGGAACACGGCCGUUUGGUAAUUUAUCUUUGUAUUCAGGCCAUGUAAAACGUCACGUGGACACUUGGUAACACAUUAUUGAAUACACAGUGUAUCCCACAACUUUAUUAUGUAAAAGGUCACGUGAUGCUUGAUCACGUGGUUUCAAUGAUUGAUCGAUGUACCUUAUUGUAUAGGUGUUAGUAUGUCAAGUACUGUGUAUGGAAAUGUAAGGUAAAUUUUGUUACCUCUUCAAAGCGAGAUAUUUGCAAUUAACUUAAAUUAUAAUUUAAUUGAAACGUGUCAUUGUUUUAAAACGCCAUAUUUGUGUUAAAAUUAUAUUUUGAACCAUUGUAGCUAUUAUUAUUAUGAUAUGAGAAAGGCGUUCACUUGAAGUGACUCUCAAGGAACACGAUCAACAUUCUAGAACUGAUUCAUUGCUUUGUUUUCUGUGUGUGUGGUUGGCUUUGUAGCUGAAGUAAGGUUACACGAUCGUAGAAUUUGCUAUUAAAAUUUUUAAAUAGCUGUGGUUAUGUGA